GAAAUGGGUCCAAUGCAUUCGUUAAUUCUUUUACGAUCUGAUUACAAAGUAUUAAACCUACUGCAUUCAAACGAGUGAAAAUAUCAAAUGUUUUUAAAGUUAUGAAAGCUCCAAGAUUGCGUCAUGUUCUAUUGAACAAAACAACCUGAAAUAUAAGUCUGAAAAUGAAAUAAAGAAUACAAAUUGUGAUUUUAAACUGCUUUAACACCGAAAUGGUAAUUAGAUUCUAUAAUUAAUUUAUUUUUAAAAAUUUUGUACUUUUUUGUAUUUUAUACGGGAUAUAUUUUUUACUAGUUAGAAAAAUUCAACAAUAUUUCUGUUGCAGUAAACAAGCUUUUCUUUUCGUCUUUUUAAAUUACAUAAAAAGUAAAUAAUAUUUUGAUGUACUAUUUUUGUGCGCGGAAUCAAUGUCAGCGUCACCAAAUGGAGGGAGUAUGCUAGUUCCUGAAAAUUCCGCAUCCACUUUACUGUCACUGUCAUUCGCGAGUCAACUUUGUUCGUGAAUACUGUGAGCAUAUUUUCUCAAGAUUGGUUGAUACUUAAUUCAAGAUUUAUCCACGGACGCAUCCGGGUACUAGGCCAGCCCUGGUCUGGUGUCACGUAGUGACCGUCGGAGGCGAAGCGAACAAUAGUUUCCAAACCUCCACGUCGCCAACGAGUCACCAUGAUGCAGCAGGCUUGCGGCCGGCCCGGGACACCGGGUGCUCCGGUGCGGUCCAGCAAAAGAGCCAGUAACAACUCUCGAAGGAAGCAUUUCAACAAUAAUAGGAAAAUCCACACAAACCAUCAUCAUGGAAAGAAGAUGUCUCAAGCACUGGCUGAAUGUAAUAAGAUUGCUGCACCGGCGAAAGAAAUCCAAGAAGAGAAGAAAUUAGAACAACCUGUGGAUGUAAUGGAUUGUGAAGUAACUGCUGUUGAUAAUGAAACUGAUAAGGCAUUGAAUUGUAUGGAAACUCUGGAAGCCCAGCUGUUGGAAGCGCUGGCGCUUGAAUCCAAAUAUCAGCCCAAUUUAUAUCUACCUGUUGGCACGGAGGAAUUUGGUGAGAUCACAGCUGGAACCAGAGAUGGUGCUGCUCAUGUCCUGCGUUGCCUUAAAGUAUGGUAUGAUAUGCCAUCAGAAGUACUCUUUGCUGCCAUCAAUUUAGUUGAUCGAUUUCUCACAAAAAUGAAGGUGAGUAAACCCAAGCACAUGGCCUGCAUCAGUGUAGGUUCAUUAUAUCUAGCCAAUCAACAACUGUCAUUACCUGCAAUGGAUCCUGAAGAUUUAGUACUUAUUUCACAAUGCAGAUGCACUGCUGGUGAUUUGACUCGUAUGGCUACAAUUGUUGCCGACAAACUAGGUGCCCAACCUGGUUGUCCACCAAUUACAGCUUUGACCUUCUUGCGUCCAUUACAUGCCAUGUUUAAGCAAAGGGCUCUGGAAUUGGGGCUAGAGCCUUUCCAAAAAGUUGUUACUGAGGAAGAUUUGAUAAUGCGCCUAGAAAUAGUAGCUUGUGAUUCAACUUGUGCAAAUGUAAGACCAUGUGAGCUGGCUCUUGUUUUAUUAUGCACCCAACUUGAUAGCUGUGUGUCUCAAUUGGAAUCUCAUACUGCUCAAACGAUGCUUAAAUUGGUUGAUUUUGCUAUUCACAUGCAGAAACAGUGCAGGAUUCCUGACUCCAGCUUCUUCAGUUGUCACGGUUGUGUUGUCAACAUACUGUCGAGGUAUAACAAUCAAGAUAAAAGUCCACACAGGCAAAGACUUGUUUGGAAAUUAUCUUCGCGCACAUUGAAACUUCUUCGACCAACAGAUCGUCUUACAUCACUUCUGCCCACUAUUGACGAAAAUGGAUGUCUACCAAGGCUUAGAACUGGCAGUGUGAGUUCUGUGGACAGUGAAGAUACUGAAGAUUGGCCCAGUCCUCUUGUUCCUGUUUGUGAGCAAUGUUAA